UGCGCAGUGCGCUCCAUCCUCCGAUCAGUGCGGCAGGAAAAGCGCAGGGGAGACGCCGCCGAGAUACAGAGGGUGAGAAAACAGUUAGGAAAGGGGAAAAAAGAAGAAGGAGAGCGGCAUGAACACCAACAGCCAACUCGGUGUGACCGGGGAAGUGCCCCGUGGUGCCGGGCUCUAGCGCUCCUCCCGUGCCACACAGCUGCUCCGUUAUGUCGGGAGACCGGAGGAUAGUAAUGUCAGGGAAUGGAGGAAAUCUUCAGAAAUCCUGCCACUAAACUGCGCCGUGCUGCCAGGGUUUAAGGCUAUCACGGAAACGUAACGCUGAGGAUGGAGCUCAUAUGAACCGAGGGGCGCCGUUUCAUUUCCAGCUCGUCGUGCUCUCAGAAACCAGGCCAAAGUUGUUGGGUUUUUUUCCCCCUUUGAUUCUUUUCGGUUUUUUUGGGAGAAGGAAAUUUUGGUGCAUUGAAUUCCUCUGGACGGGAUGUUAUCCGCAGUCAGGAGGAACUCCUGCAGACUGAGCCUCCAGCAGCAGCAGUAAAGCAGCGGGUCCCUCACAGUGAAACAAUGGGAGAUGCGGCAGAUGACAGAGGGAUGAGACGGACCUUCAUCGUCCCUGCCAUCAAGAGCUUCGAUCACUACGACUUCACCAGGGCCAAGAUAUCAUGCAGUCUGACGUGGCUGGUGGCCAAGGCUUUCGGCUCGGAUGCAGUGCCAGAGGAGCUGGCUGAGCCUUUCUACAGGGACCAAUACAACCAGGAGCACCUGAAGCCUCCGGUCGCCUGCCUGCUUCAGUCUGCAGAGCUCUACUGCCGGGCGGGAAGCCUGAUCCUCCGCAGCGAUGCUGUCAAACCGUUACUGGGACACAAUGCUGUCAUUCAGGCGCUGGCCCAGAAAGGCCUGUACGUCACAGACAAGGACAGACUGGUCACAGAGAGGGAUCUGACCAGCACACCCAUAAACAUGAGUUCCCACCUGGCGCUCAUAGACACCCUGAUGAUGGCGUACACCGUAGAGAUGGUGAGCGUGGAGAGGGUGAUGUCCUGCAUCAACAGAUACUCCACAGCCGAACCAUCGAACGGCGACGGACGCAUCCAGGAGCUGCCUUACGACACAGAGGAUGCAGUCACCACCUGGAUCAACAAGGUAAAUGAACACCUGAGGGACAUCCUUGUAGAGGAGCAGAAGUUGAGAGAGGCUUCACUGCAGGAGUCAAACGCCACAGCGCUUAAAUCUCCUAGCAAAUGGUACUGGAGAUUAGUACCUGCUCGCUACAGGAAGGAGCAUGCCCAGAGGAGCGCGCCGUCGCUCCCCCUGGUGGAAAACCUGCUGAAGGACAACACAGAUGGCUGCGCCCUGACUGCGCUGCUGCACUUCUACUGCCCGCAGGCCAUCAGACUGGAAGAUAUCUGCCUCAAGGAGACCAUGUCCCUGGCUGACAGUCUGUACAACCUACAACUGGUGCAGGAGUUUUGCAGGAACAACCUCAACCACUGCUGCCACUUCACCCUGGAGGACCUGCUCUACGCCCAUGCUUCUAUAAAGAGUAACUACCUGGUGUUUAUGGCUGAGCUUUUCUGGUGGUUUGAAGUGGUUAAACCGUCAUUUGUACAGCCCAGAAUCUUCGACCCGAACGCCUGUGAGCCUGUAUCCUGUAGAAACAUGGCUCCUGUGUCCAGUCCAGUCAAACAGAGCUAUGCAGACAGACCUUUGAGCCCAGAGAAAAUUCCUUCUGAAGGUGUAAUGAAGAGAUCUACCUCCAUGUCUUAUGUUGAUGGCUGUGUCGGGACUUGGCCCAAAGAAAAACAGUCCUCCUCUCGAGGAAUCUCCUUUGAAAUUCCUCUGGAUGGAGACCCAACCUUCCCGCUCGAUGAGGCUCCCUCCCUGCGCGGCAUGACGCGCUCAGCCAGCAGCGACGGCCUUGGGUUCAAAGUUCACUACGCGUCCCGAGGAGGCAUGAAACGCCAGCUCUCCAUGAUGCCUGUCAGUGUAAACGGCCAGAGCAGACACAUACCAGAGGAGGAUGACGACUUCACCUCACACAAGCCUCUGGGACGGAACAACACAUUCACAGUCAAGAGCCAAAGCAGGUAUUCUAACGGGGUCCUGCCAGACAGAAACAGCCCCAGCCACGCUGGCCACAUCAGCCCAUCAACUCCCCCGAGCAUUGAGGAGGCCUUGAAGAUUAUCCAUGACACUGAAAGACCACACGCUAGCUUGGGGAUGGGGGAUGGAGAUAAUGCCUUCUUUCUCCAUGGUGCAGAACCUUCAGACCUUCCAGGAGCCCAAGGUAGAGGAGAUGACCUGAGUCCAGCAAAGGCGCGACUCAAUGAGCACGAUCCUAACUCUGUAUCCACUGAUGAAGUCGACACAGGGAUCCAUGUGAGGACCGAAGACAUCCAGAGCUUGGAUGAGGACUCGUCCUCGCUUAGAGACUAUUCAGAUAUGGACCCAGACUGUGAGGCCAUGACCCGGUCGUGUCCUCUGCCGGACAAGCUAGAAGGGGGAAGAAGCAAGGAAGGAGGACGCAAAGGGGUCGGUGGCCCUAACCCUGAGAGUGAACGGGGAGAUGGAGUUGACAGAAACAGCCCCUGUCCCAGUUCAGCGCCCACGCUGCCCAGAUCACACACAGUCAGCCCUGUCUCAUCUUCCGGUGGUUCCGGAGGUGGCUUGGUGCGGAUGACGAGCUUCGCGGAGCAGAAGAUCAGAAAGCUGGAGGGAAGGAGCAGUGGAGGGACCACGCCAGAGAGUUCAGACCUCAAUGUCCCCUAUACGCACUCACCAAAAAACAUUUCAUCUCAGAUCUCUACACCUCCUCUACCAAUCACAUCACCCUCUCCAGUAUCUCCUUCACCCAGAGAUCCCUCGCACCUCAUCGCCUCAGAGAUGAUUCAGCUGAGGAUGAAGCUGGAAGAGAAACGCAGAGCGAUUGAAGCACAAAAGAAAAAGGUGGAAGCUGCUUUCACGCGACAUCGACAGAGAAUGGGCAGAACGGCCUUCCUGAACGUAGUGAGGCGGAAGGGAGUGACAGCACCCCCCAGCUCCAGCUCAGGAGCAGAAACACCUCCGCCAGAGCCGCUCACUUCAUCCAAGGACAUCAGGCAGGGCAACAUGGAGCGGGCCGAGAGGUGCAAGCCAGACGGGGCAGCUCCGAAAUCUCCAUGUGAAGAUGGUGGCGGUGUGACGCCAGGAGAAACCGAUAUUGCAGAAUACACACGCUCGAUUGAGAGGCUGAACACGUCGCUGAGCUUCCUGCAGACAGAGAUGCAGCGUUUGGCCCAGCAGCAGGAGAAGAUCAUGGCCAUGAGACAGCAGCAGCAACAAGCCUGGGUCAUCCCACCUCCUGCACCGUCUCCACACAGGCAGCUCCGUGAGUUGCGUAGCAGCAGUGUAACAGGCCGGGGAUCAGGGAGAGGCUCGGUGGGUUCCUUAUCGCCGAUCCUGUCCUCCUCUGGUUCUCCACACGCACCCAAUCGCUCCCCUGCCGGCAUCAAACGACGACCGGCCUCCUUCCACGCCAGAACCCCUCGGACGCCGCGUCCAAAUGAUUUGAAGGUCACGCCCUUUAGCCGAAUGCUCAACACACCCACUUCCGUGGACAGCCUGCCCAGACUGAGGCGUUUCACCCCCAGCCAAACACAGAUCAGUUCUUUUGCUUACUUGGGCCACGAUGAGGGUUCUGGGGAAAGCAAGCACGCACACACCAAGGACAACAAAGAAAACACUAACAACGAAAAGCAAGCCGUGGUAAAGGCGAGUGCUGACACGCCUCCUACUAAAGAAGCAGCCAAAGAAAAGGACGAUGAGCGACGGGAGAAGAAGACGGAGUUGAAGGGAGAAUCCAAACAAUCGAAAACAUCACAGGUGCUCUCUCAGCCGGUGUCGGAGAUCCAAGGGACGACAGACAGCCGGGUCAGAGGAGACCCAGAGGAUCGGAAAGACGUGGUGGAGGUGCCUCAGUCGAACCUGAAGCCUCCAGAGAGCCAAGGUCAGGAGAUGGCAGGAGAGGGAGAAACAGGAGAAGACCAAAAGAUGUGCUGUGGCUUCUUUUUCACGGAUGAUGUGAAAGGGGAAGAGGACAUGGCGGCCAAGAAAGCAGCUCUGCUGGAGAAGAGGCUGCAGAGAGAGAAGGAAGCUCAGGAGAGGAAACAACAGCAGGAGCUGGACCAGGAGCAGAAGAGGGAAGCUGCACGGUUGAAAGCGGAGGAAGAACAGCAGAAGAAGGACGACGAGAGGGCGAGGAGGGAAUACAUCAAGAAUGAGUAUCUGAGGAGGAAGCAGCUCAAACUGAUGGAGGACAUGGACGAGGUCAUCAAGCCUCGAUCUGGAAGUCUCAAGAAAAAGCCGCGGCCCAAGUCCAUCCACAGAGACGUCAUGGAGUCGUCGACUCCUCCCGCGAGAGCAACAGGUGUGCGUCCUCGAGGCUUCUCGGUGUCCAGCGUUUCUCUGGCAUCUCUCAAUCUGGCCAACAAUGACAGAGAUGCAGAUAACAGGAAGAAUAACAGAGGGAAACUAGCUUCUGCCAAUAUCCCGUUUUAUUUAAGCUCUCCCAAAGAAAGAAAGGGAAGGCCAGACUCCGCGGAAGGCUUUUCUUCUUGUCCUUCGGCCGGCAGCCGUAACGGAGAGAAGGACUGGGAAAACGACUCCACCACCUCCUCCACCCCCUCCAACACUGAGUACACAGGACCUAAACUUUAUAAGGAGCCCAGUGCCAAGUCCAACAAGCACAUCAUCCAGAAUGCCCUGGCUCACUGCUGCCUGGCUGGCAAAGUCAAUGAAGGGCAGAAAAACAAGAUACUUGAUGAAAUGGAGAAAUCUGAAGCCAACAACUUCCUGGUGUUGUUUCGCGAUGCCGGCUGCCAGUUCCGGUCCGUUUACACCUACUGCCCUGAAACCGAGGAGAUCACCAAACUGGCCGGCAUCGGCCCGAAAAAUAUUACAACAAAGAUGAUCGAAGCUCUGUACAAGUACAACUCCGAUAGGAAGCAGUUCAGCAAGAUCCCUGCCAAAACUAUGUCCGCCAGCGUGGAUGCCAUUACCAUCGCCAGCCAUCUGUGGCAGACCAAGAAACAGGGCACGCCCAAAAAACACCCCAAGUAGUGCCCAGAUUGGGUUGGGCAGCAUCUGGAUGUGCUCCGUCGAAGCAAAAACACAGGACUUUGCGGAUUUUGCUCUUUUAUUGACAUUCCCACUUUUAGAAAUCACAACUGGAAUGUAAGAACACGGGUGGGCCUCAGAUUUACUUUCACAAAAUCAGAGCUGGCUGUAACCAUUUGGACAGCUUCAAACGAGCCCCAAGUGUGUACUCGUCAGCACGUGCAUCAAUGUUCUCAUGUGCCAAAACAAAGAGAGAGAUGGAAUAAAAUAUUAAGAGGCGAACCAAUGCCUUAUCUAGUUGAACCACUGAAGCACUGAAUGUCACGCCUCUGAAAGAGGCCGUUUGGUUUCUCUGAGUUGAUCAUGUGUGGCCUUAUGCUUGUUUUGUGUCAGACGAACACACCGUGAGUGUUAACGUUAUUUUGUCACCGCCUGUUGCGGCACAGAUGAGGGAUCAGCUUACCCCCCCUCCGCCUCCCCAUCUUUGAUCAGAGGCAUGUAAUUUUUUUUGUUUGUUUGUUUUUUGUACAUGUGACUGAAAAACUUCUAGACGGUUAAAUUUAGUGUCUGUGUGUGUUCGAAUGAGCGUGUGUGUGUGUGUAUAGUGAAGUGCCAUGAAGAGUGAGGGUUCAAAAUACCUCAGCUGGUGAUUGCACUUACUUUCCGAAUAAAAUGAUGAGAUUAUCGAGCAUGUGCAGUACCAUCAAACUGUUCUGGAAAGCACCUGCAAUAGGCUCUUAAUUUAUUUCAGUGCGAUUUCGAUGCUUUGAAGAUGAUUUUUAAAAAAAGGCGUCUUAGAUUUUAUUCAGAGAAACAUAAUAUGCUGUACCUGUAUAAGUUAAAUUAGUUUGUAUAUAAUGGCAGUUCCAUUAAAGAUGAACAAGUCAGCUUGUGGUAGCUUUUUGAGUAGCUUUUAUAAUUUAUCACGUGCGUGUCGGUAUGUUGUCGUUCGGGGGCCUUUUGUUGUGCUACAGAUGCAAAAAGUGUGACCGCUCAGCAGCGUCGCUGACGAGACUAUCGUGAGUAUUAGAUUAGACGGACAUCCCACACUGUGUCAUCAGUCUGUGCAAUUUAAGAGUGAUUUCGAAUGCUCGCCGUUGACCAUGUUGCAUUUGGAUCUAACAAACACUACAAAUGUCACUUUAAUGUGGAUAAACUGUUAAAGAGCGUGAUCGCCCUCGAGGUCGUCCACAGUUGUAAAUAGCACUUGAGGACCCCGUCCACUGUUGUUGAGUCUAAUCGAAGAUGUUCCCUCUUCAGGACAUGCUUAUUACAUUUCUUUUACGUUACUGUUACAUUUUCUUUUUUAAAAUCAUACGUUCCUUCAGUAUGUGUUUACACUGUACAGAUAUAUUUUGGCAUAUAGAAGUAUUUUUUGUAACAACAUUUAACUGAUGGAAGUGUGUACUAAUGGAAGCAGUGCAGAUGUUGAAGGAAGUGUGCUGAAUGCAAAGUGUAGCUGAGAGUGCGUAAAGUCUCACACAGGCUUUAGUGUGGUAUUGUAUAAAACCCAGCAAGUAUACAGAGAAAACCAUAGUAUUUUUUUUUCCAACUCUGAACUCAUUUUCUUUUCAAUUAACAAACUAUGCUCAACUGUUCAUGGAUCUCUUUUUUUUUUUUUGUGGUUGUUAAUGUUUUUUCUAUUCCUUUGAGCUUUAUUAAAUGCCAGCUAUCAAUAA